AGUCACCCACCCAUUUUUUCUCAAGAUUCUACGUGAUCGGAAUCGAAGAGGCCUUUCGUUGCAAAAGAACCAACCAUCCGGAAGAUCACAUCUCUACAUUAUCUUACAAUCACGGUAUCCUUUCAACACGCAUCACACGACACAGAAGACAAAAUCACACAUUUGCCAUGGGACCAAGAGAACGUCCCCGCGGCGAUGAACCAGAGACGACGGAAUCCACGCCGCUGAUUUCGAACGCCACGCCCGCGGCGAUUGUUUCUGUUUCGAGCGAGGCAACGCCCGGUGGGGACUCCGAUCCCUCCAGCGAAGCAAGAAAGCACAAAGAAUGGCUGACGACCACAUCGGCCCUCUCCUUUUCCCUCCUCGUGCAGUCCUACCUCCUGGUCUCCGUCUUUCCCUACUCGGGCUUCUUGUCCAUGCACCUGAUCGAGGGGCUGACCGAGGAAACCGCCGGGAGCUACGCCGGGCUGAUCGCUUCCUCCUUCAUGGCGGGGAGGACCUUUUCGAGCUUCGAGUGGGGAAAAGCGGCCGAUCGGUACGGCCGGGUGAGCGUGAUCAAGGCUUCCCUGCUCCUGUCGGCGGUAUUUUCGCUUCUGUUUGGACUAGCGGGUUCGUUUCCGAUGGCCCUGGCGCUGAGGUUUUUGCUCGGGGUCUGCAACGGCCUCAUCGGCCCGAUCAAGACCCUCGUGUCGGAGUACGCCCACGGAGACCAGACGAAGGAAACCAAGACAAUGGGGAUCGUCCUGGGGAUGUGGGGGUACGGCUUCCUGAUUAACCCGGCCAUAUCCGGAUACCUGUCUGACCCCGCCAAGCAGUACCCGGAAGCCGAACUCGUGGAGGCCUUCCGUCCCUGGCUGGAAGAAUACCCGUUCUUCCUUCCGAAUCUCGUCGGGUGCGGGUUCUGUCUGGUCGGCUACGCGUUGACCCACGCUUUUGUGACAGAAACCCUGCCGGAAGAAAAGCGACAACCCUUCCGAUUGGUUCCGAGUAUCGGUCUCUGGUCAUGGAUCGAAGCCAAAACGAGCCAAAACCCAAAGAUUCUGCGAACCGUGUCUUCCUGGGGGUUGUUCAAACACCUGCACAGCGAGGACGGAGAGAUCUCGGAAAACAACUGGAGCGUGGUCGUCUCGCCGACCGGAGGACAAGGCGCAACGGACGGUGGCGGCGACACGAACGAAAGCAGGGACGACGGGGGAAACACCGCUACCAUUGCGUCCCUUCUGCAACGCAACAGCACUCGACAGCACCUGCUGGUCUACUGGGUGUACUCCUUUCUCAUCAUUACGCUCGAUGAAAUCUUCCCGCUCUUUUGCAUAUCGAAAACCUCGGGGCUGGGGGUGACGGAAAAAAUCAUUGGCAACAUUUUGUCGGGGACGGGGCUGGUAUACGUCGCCAUGCAGUACUUUUUGCUGACCGGCCUCGUAAAUCGCUUCGGCUUUUACACCGCGCUCACGGUUUCAGCGGCCCUGAGCGUCCCAACGGGCAUCUGGAUCCCCUUGUCUCUGGUCACCAACGAGGGAGCGGCCGAGGGGGCGCUCAACGGGGCGUCCCUCGCCUAUCUGAGCAUUGUCUACGCUUUCAUCCGGGCCUUUUCGAGCGUCGUCUUUUCGACGAUUACCAUGCUCCUCAACCGGACUGUCCCGGCUCACCAGCGGGGGACCAUGAACGGCUUGUCGAUGCUGGGUGGCUCGCUCGCCAAGGCGUGCGGCCCGCUCUUUGGCGGGGUCUUGUUUUCGAGGAGCGUCAACAGCGUUACGCCCCCCUUUGGAUCAGUCCUCGUCUACGGCAUCAUGUCGGCCCUGGGCGGGCUACUGGUGCUCCAGACAACUUUCCUGCGGAUGCAUGGCGACGUGGACGACGAACCGGCCCAGAUGUCGUCGUCGCCGCCGCCGCCGAAACGAUUCCCCGAGGACGACCCAGAAACAGAAUUUUGCAUCACCAUGGAUUGCAACGACCAAGAGGACAGCAGCAGGGAAGAGACAGAUUCGCCCCCAGCGUUCUAGACCGAUACGCUGAACCUUCAAAAGACCCGCGGCUGUGCUUCUAGGGCUGGCUUGUCGUUGAAGAAAUAUCUUCACGAUUGUAGUUUUAUUCCUUUCCCAAAGCAAAUUCAUUGCGGUUUGGAACAAGAAAGGAGACGCUUUGGUUUUUCAUCGCAACCAGAUGAGGCGAGCAAACGUUAACCGAAUGUCUUCCUCUUCCUUCCUUUUACAUCGGAAUUGGUAGUACGUUCCUGAAGGUAGCAAGCACUGCGAUUGUUAGCACCGCCAGUGUCUCUGGCUUGAGCUUAUGGUAGUGAAGGCUAGGCAAAACAAUUUAGAGUAGUACAAAGUGCUCUCAAUUUUUAUCCCCACAAGUGUAGAAUCGAGGCAAAGAGAAAUAAACAAGCGGGCAAGCUGUUGCAUAUUGUGCAAUGCAUUACUUCACAUUUCAUACUUUGUACUAAAGUAACACUUUUAGC